ACACAGUGCUUAUGACUAUGAGGCACUCUUGUUCAUCAUUCUCAACCAAGCGAUAACGAUAAAGAAUCUUAUGGCUAUGGAGGUCUCACCAUACAUUGGCAACAACACCAGUGCCUUCAUCUUCUCUGCCACACCACAAAACUCUCCCAUGCUUGUCAAAUCCAUGGCCACUCCCAAGCCUCUUCCUUCAGUCUCUAGAACUGUAGGUUCUAGAAAGAACUCAACUGUGUUCCCACUUGGGGAACAACCUAGGAGCAGUCCUGUGACAGCCACCCCUCCCAUAAAGCUUCUGACAAGGAUGGAGCAGCUGAAGCUGCUUAGCAAAGCAGAGAAGGCAGGGCUGCUAUCAGCAGCAGAGAAGUUUGGGUUCUCUCUUUCAGCAAUAGAGAGGUUAGGACUCCUCUCAAAGGCAGAAGAGUUGGGUGUGCUGUCUGCUGCCACUGAUCCUGGAACUCCAGGGACACUCUUCACCCUCAGCUUGGGUUUACUUCUCCUAGGACCCUUGUUUGUGUACUUGGUUCCUGAGGACAAUGUUGGGUUGGUGGGGUUGCAGGUUGUGGUUGCUUUGGUCUGUGUACUUGGGGGUUCUGCUGGUUUUGCUGCAUCAAAUUUUGUAUCCAACUUGCAGAAAUUGAAAUGAAUUUCAUAACCCUUAAGUGACUCGAGACUGAGUCCUUUUCUUUGCCAUCUCACUCA